AUGUCCCAGCAGGUAACCCUGCCCUGGCAGCCCGACAUGCAGCUGGCCGGCAAGCUGGUCCUCUCCGCCACCGCGCUGCUCCUCCUGACUUUGGCGUACAGGUUUUAUAAGUCCCGCUCGCUUGCCGAGGGCAAAACCCCACCGGCCGAUGUGGGAAGAGAGCAGAGGGAAAACGCUGCCUGGGAUGGGGAUGGGGAAGGUGCAGCGGGGCUGCGACGGAGGAGGCUCUUGGGUGAGGAAGCAAGGACCGCACAAGCGAGCGAUCAAGCAAGCGUACCUGGGACACAGCACACGCCUCCCCGGGGGGAUCGAAGUCUGCCAAGGGGUGAGGAGGAGGAGGAGGAAGGAGAGGAGAGAGUUUCAGAACCGGGGCUGACUUGCAGGAGAGCGGGGAUGGCCAGGAGGGGAAGUGAGUUGGGAAGUGAGCCGGGAAGCAAGCUGGGAAGUAAGCUGGGAAGUAAGUCGGGAAGCAAGCCAGGAAUUGAGCCGGAAAGUGAGCCGGGAAGAAAGCCGGAAAGCGAGCCAGGAAGUGAGCUAGGAAGCGAGCCGAGCUCUUAUGACCCUGGGGAUGCAGCUGAAACACCGAGCAGCCACAGGGAGGAGGGCACAUUUGCCCCAAGCACCGGGCUUUCCCCCAGGAUUGCUAAUGCCCAGGUGGCAGGUGAGGGACACGCCCAAAGCAUGGAGCAGGAUUUGGCUGGUGGAGGCACGAGCCAGGAGACCGAGAGGCAUGGGGGGACGAUCCAGACCCUCAGUGUCACCUCAGUCCUGGGGCUAACGAUGACAGGGAGCAACGUGGGGUUGGAUGCCUCCUACUCUUUCUCCUCCAUUGCGAAGAUCCAGGUGGAGGAGAACUACAUCUCCAAGCAGUGGGUGAAGGACAGGGAUGGGCAGCCUGUCCCCGGCCUCAAACGCAAAGUCUACGACUACCAUGUGCAGUCCAUCUCCCAGUCGAUGUCAAAGAAGAGUUCUCUCCCCCACAUCCCUCCCGGAACAUCCCAGCGCCGCAGCUCAGAGCGGGUCAAGGAAGAGCUGCAGAGCUUUGCAACCCAGGAGCCAGACCCAGCUUCAUCAACGCAGGAUCCCACCACCUCCUCCAUAGUUCCACCACCUAUGGGGACCUUGGAGAUCUCCCUUGAGCCACCAUCUCCUGGCCGCAAGGACAGCAUCCUCCAGAUUGCUGACAGUCCCCACCUUCAGCUGCCCAUGGAGGGUUUUGGGGUCACAGAGCCAGCCAGCACACCGCCUGCAAGCCCCCGGCCAAGGCUGGUGGCCAGUGCUGACCUCUUCCAAAUGCCACCACCCACCCACCUGGACCUGGGGAACUGCUACGAGGUCCUCUGCACAGCCAAGACACAGAAGCUCAGCCACCUCCGGGAAGCUGCCUACAAGGUGAUGAGUGACAACUACCUGCAGGUGCUGAGGACACCCUCCAUCUAUGGCCGCCUCAACGCCACCGAGCGGGAGCUCAUCCUGCGGCGGAGGAUGAAGGGGAAGAUGUACAUGGCUGUGGCAGACAUCAACGUGCAGGAGCCCGGCCUCCACACCAGCCGCCUCUGCUACUAUGAUGACGGAGGGGACUGCUGGCAUCAUCUCUGCCAUGUGCCACCGGAGGUGGUCUCCCGAGGUUGCGCCAUGUGCAGCAUGUUCAACUACCUCUUCGUGGUGGGGGGCUGCGAGGGCAUGGGCCAGACGCAGAGACCCUCCAACCGUGUCUUCUGCUAUGACCCCCUGACCAACAUCUGGAAGGAGAUCUGCCCCCUGAACCAAGCACGGCCCCGCUGCAAGCUCGUGGCCUUGGACGGCCACCUCUACGCCAUCGGCGGUGAAUGCCUCUACACGGUGGAGCGCUACGACCCCCGGCAGGACCGCUGGACCUUCACCGCACCCCUGCCCCACGACACCUUCGCCGUGGCCCACACAGCCACGGUGUGCGAUGGGGAGAUCUACGUCACGGGGGGCACCUUGCGCUACGUUCUGCUGCGUUACAGUGCCCGCUUGGACAGCUGGAGCGUCAGCCCAGUUGUCGGCAGCAAGGACAGGACAGCUGAGAUGGUGAGUGCUAAUGGCUUCAUCUACCGCUUCGACCUCCACCGCAGCACAGGCAUUGGCGUCUACCGCUGUGGAGCCAAGGCCAAGCUAUGGUACAAGUGUGCCACCUACGGCAUGCCCAACCUGUCCGGCUUCCAGUGCGCCGUGGUGGGCAGCCUGGUCCACUGUGUCGGCCGGCACUUCCACAUACGCUUCUUGGCUGACCACAUCUCACCACGCUUUGGGACCAAGGAGCUGCAGCCCUUCCCAUCGCCCUGCGGCAACCUCCUCCCAGCAGUCCUGGUGCUGCCAGAGGGAGGGAUGGCACAAACACAGGUUUGA